CCUCAUUCCACGGGGCGGGGGGAGGAGUGAGUGAGCAGCUUUGUGGUGUUUUGUUGCCUGGGCUUAAACCACAAGCUUCACCAGUUCCUGUGUGGUAGGGAGAAAAGCUGAAGGAGUGGGUGCAAGAGGAGGGGCAAAUCAUUCAAGAUACACAUCUGAAUACAGGCGUCCUCUGAGAAAAGCGAAACGAAGGAAAAGAGUCCCAACACAUCCAGUCCCGGCUCUGCUGCCAGAGCUCCAGCUCUGUGGGAAUGCAUUUGCCAUCUGCUCCCUCUUCAGCCAGCAAACCACAGCGAGGUGGGUAAAGGCGGAUAACCACAGUGUGUUUUUGCCAAAACGUCCAUGCAGUGUCUGCAAGAGGAAGGCUGCACAGCCCCAGGCCAGUCCUGGCUGGUUGACACAGGCUGGCCCGUUUCAGCUCAAGUAAGCUGGGCUUACCUGCACCACACAGCAAUUCAAUGUGGCCUAACACUUCUCCUUCCCUUCUUCUCUAAUUUGCCAGCAUUGCCAAGUCCUUUGUGGGAAGUGGCCGGCGGCGGGGUGGUCACCCACUGGCGGGACGCUGACUACCUCUUCAGCAGCGACGCUGCCCACCCGGACACCCGCAGAAUACAUGAGAGCCUUGAUUACUUGGAGAGCAGAGCUACAGUCUUUCACUCCCGUUACCUCUCUGCGUGGGCGAGCACCGAUGUGGGAGCGAAGCUGUCUGUGGUUCUGGGCCACUUUGUCCUGCCACCUGCCUGCCUGCAAGAAGAAAUCAGAAGGAAAAUUGGUAGUUUUAUUUGGGAGCAGGCAGAUGAUUCACUUGCAGAACAGCCCAAUGAAAAACUGACAGAUGAACCGGAGGCAGUGAGAAAAAGCUGUGAGGAAGAAGCAGAGGAGGAUGUGCUAGACCUGGCCGAAAGCAGUGAAGAAGAAACAGGCUCCAGAGCACCUGCCCAGGGGGAAUUUCCAUACCGUACCCUCCAGGAAUACCCAACGAAUAACAUGGUGACAGGCUACACCUCUGCUCGCGACAUGAAGAAAUACGUCGGAGAGCUCUGUGAUUUCAUUCCUGGCUCCUCGGGCUACGCAGUGUAUUGGAUUCAGAACGAAAUUAACAUUUACUCUGAUGUGAAGACUAAAACGAAGAGAAGAUUUAAGUAAGAGGUGGCCGUUUGCAUCAAAAACUUAAGUAAGAGCUGCCAGAGAGCGAUCGGUCAUGUUUGGAAAUUCAGUCCCGUAGGUGAGACGCUGGAAUGCCUCCUUGCUUGCUCUCUUCUGCAGACUGAUGGUUAUUUCACCUGUCAGUCUGUGUUCUCCCCAUGUUUUACUUAAAUAGCGAAGAGAUCGGUGGUAUCGAGCUGCAAAUUCUGAGUUAAAUCUCCGCAGGGCAUUUAUAAAUUAUCCCUGCUUGGCUUAUCCUGACUGCACCUCAGCGCAUCCAAUGUAUAUUUAAAUACCUGGCUACAUUUACUGUAAACAUUUCCUUCUUUAAAUAACUAUUUAAAACAAAUUUCGCAGCAAAAUACAGACAUUUCUCCCCAAAACACAAAUCCUUUGUCUUUUUAUUUGUACUGGGGGUUUUAAGGUGUGGCUGGAAGCAGUUUUCCUCGGAGGGACACACUGACGUCUCCUUGCAGGGAGAAGUCGCCCCAUGCCCCGGCUGCAUCCACCUGUGGAACACGUUCACCGGUGGGACCCAGCGCUGUGACAGGGCUGGCAGGACAGGCAGGGGCUGGCCGGACAGGCAGGGGCUGGCCUGGGACCCCAGGCACACGGGAUGCUCCGCGGGUUUGCAGAGGUUUUGAGCGCAGGGCCCCAGACCUCCCCUCAGCAAAACCCGUGUCAUGCUGGAGUGGGGUCACGCAAGACAGGGAGGGAAAACCCAGGGACCCUCGCCCGGCCGGGGGGCCCGGGCACCCUGCCUGCAAGUCAUGGCCCCGGAUGAUGCC